UAUUACCAUGCGCACAUGAGAAAAACAGCCUUCUGGAACCUUCUGAGAGUCAGAACAUGAACAGAAAGAAAACGGAGAGCCUACAGCCCUAACCUACAACUGUGCUAUGACUGUAACCUACACAAGCCGAGUGGCUAAUGCUCGUCUAUGUGGCUUUUCCAAGUUGCUGCUCCAGUGGAAGGGGAGCAUAUACAAACUAUUAUACAAGGAGUUCCUCAUCUUUAUGCUGCUUUAUCUGACUCUCAGCUGCAUCUACAGGUUUAUGCUGGAAGAGAGCCAAAAGCGUUUCUUCGAGAAAAUGGCCAUCAACUGUAACAAUUAUGCUGACCUGAUCCCGAUGUCAUUUGUGCUUGGUUUCUAUGUGAGUCUGGUUGUGUCUCGCUGGUGGAACCAGUACCAGAGCAUGCCAUGGUUGGACUGCCUAAUGUGCACUGUUUCCUGUCACGUCCAAGGCACAGAUGAGUAUGGCAGGAUGCUGCGGAGAACAUUGAUGCGCUAUGCCAACUUGGCCUCCAUCCUUACCUUCCGCUCAGUCAGCACCGCUGUCUACAAACGCUUUCCCACCAUGAGGCACAUGAUGGAAGCAGGUUUUAUGACUCCAGAUGAGCACAAGAAGUUUGAGAGUCUGAAUUCUCCUCACAAUAAAUUCUGGGUUCCCUGUGUGUGGUUUGUCAACCUUGCAGUGAAAGCAAGGCAGGAAGACCGAAUCAGUGACUAUGUGUCUCUAGCACACAUCUUCAGAGAGGUGAAUAACUUGCGCAGUCAGUGUGAGAAGCUGUACAGUUAUGACUGGAUCAGUGUCCCACUCGUUUACACACAGGUCGUCACUAUUGCAGUUUACAGCUUCUUUCUGGCCUGCCUAAUUGGUCGGCAGUUUCUCGAUCCAAGUCAGGGGUAUCCAGGCCAUGAGCUUGACCUCUACAUCCCCGUCUUCACCUUGUUGCAGUUUUUCUUUUAUGCUGGUUGGCUUAAGGUUGCUGAGCAACUGAUUAACCCAUUCGGUGAGGAUGAUGAUGACUUUGAGGCAAAUUGGCUCAUUGACAGAAAUUUCCAGGUUUCUCUCCUGGCUGUGGAUGAAAUGCAUCAGAAUUUACCAGCUCUUGAGAGGGAUAAAUAUUGGAAUGACAAUGAUCCAAGGCCUCCAUACACAGCAGCAACUACUGAACACCGGAAAACCUCCUUCCUGGGCUCCACUUUUGAUAUCAGCAUGCUUAAAGAGGAGAUGGAGUUCCAGCCCCUGGAACAGAUCAAUGAGAAUGAAGAAGUAAACCAUGCCACCCCACUUCUGAGUAACUUAGGCCGACUUCUAGGAAUUCCAUCAACGAACUUGCAGAACAUUUCCAGAUCCACUCCUCGAAUUAAUCUGAUGAGGAAGAGGAAUAGUGCUUUAUCACAGGCUGCUAUGUACAGUUUCCUGAGCUCAGAAUCAACACCUAAUGGCUUCCAUAAACCAGGAAGUCUCCCUCCAAAUAGACCCUUCGCAAGAAUUCACCGAGCCUCCUCAUCCUCUCGUUCACCUUUAGGGUCCACCCAAGGUUGUGUUGCCUCGGAUAGUGAGGCAAGGGAUUUCGACAGCUUCAUCGCCUCUUCACUUUAUGACAGACCUGGCUACUAUAGUGCACCUCAAACACCCAUCCAAUCUAUUCCCAUGACAUUUCCUCUCAAAAGGAUCCCUUUAAAGAAACCCUCUAUGUUGGCUAACAUCUCAGUCUCCUCAGGUGGAAACCAAGGCAGCAAUGGCAACGUGUCAGCCUCCAAACCUGAUGAUCUGGACAAGGGAAACACUAUUCAUGCCAAUAAAGGAGCCUCCCAGAAUGAAACAUCUGCAAAGGUCCUAGCAGUGGAAAGUGGUAACAUUGCAUCUGAAGACGAAGUUGCGACAAGUACCAGAAACAGUAAAGAGACUCUUAUACCAACAUCCAGCAGCAUGAUUCCUAAUAGCAGUAAUAACCUACUACUGGUUCCUGAAAGCCCAUCCUGUUUGUUGACAUUCAGCUCUUCAGACACAGACAAGCCAAUCGAAUUCAAACAAAAGCUCAAUACAAGCACUGGUUUCAGAGCUCGCAAGCAUCCUAGACUGACACUUGAACCCUUUGGACAAGUCAACAGUCCAGACCUUUCAAUUCCUUCACUGAACACACCAGGCUGUGGCCCAAACAUAUCCACCUUUUCCUUCACACCAGUGUCUUCCCCAAUGCUGGGGAGGUCAAAGGUACUAAGUGACAGUGGAACGAUCUCUGGCAGCGAUUAUAAGGCAGGAAGCUCACCUUCCCUGGGGUUUUCUGAAAUGGGCACAUCCUCCAAGUACCUCAAUAUAACCACUCAAUCCAUGACCACUGCUGAUUGCACAAGUGAUAUCAAUAUGAAGACACAUCUGAAAUAUGACACCAUGCCUCCAAAUGAUUCAAGAUUCUCACUCAAUGAUGGAGACCUAGUCAACCUGAUGGAUAUUAUAAUUGAAACUGCAGAAAACAUUCCUGAGAAUGGGAAAAUGGAUAAAGAUGGAACAACUGACUUUGAGGGAAGACCAGGGAGUUCAACAGGUCAUGGGACCGGAAUCUUUCUUCCCUCAGAUGAGGGACUGGAGGUCUGAUUUUAUUAAACUAGAAGGGCACAACACUAAGCCAACAGGAUACUGCCUUCAUAAUGCAAGUUGACAGUCCAUGCCAAUGCCUGUUCAUCCUUGUUUGAUGAUCUUAAGUUACUUUCUUUAGACUACACAAUCUGCAAAGUAUCUAAACAGUGCUUGAAGUUUUGAUUCAGUUCAUUAAAAUGGUCCACUUAUUAGGCAAUUAGUCAAACCACAAGUCUUAACUA